AUGCGAAACAGGCAUCAAGACGUAGAAUGUGAAACAGGACAUCAAGAUAUUGAAUGUAAAACAGGACAUCAAGAUGUAGAAUGUGAAACAGGGCAUCAAGAUGUAGGAUGUGAAACAGGGCAUCAAUAUAUUGAAUGUGAAACAGGACAUCAAGAUGUAGGAUGUGAAACAGGGCAUCAAGAUGUAGGAUGUGAAACAGGGCAUCAAGAUGUAGGAUGUGAAACAGGGCAUCAAGGUGUAAGAUGUGAAACAGGGCAUCAAGAUGUAGGAUGUGAAAGUAGAACAGGACAUCAAGAUGUCGGAUGUGAAACAGGGCAUCAAGAUGUAGAAUGUGAAACAGGACAUCAAGAUGUAGAAUGUGAAACAGGGCAUCAAGAUGUAGGAUGUGAAAGUAGAACAGGGCAUCAAGAUGUAGGAUGUGAAAGUAGAACAGAGCAUCAAGAUGUAGGAUGUGAAACAGGGCAUCAAAGUGUAGAAUGUGAAACAGGGCAUCCAAGAUGGCAUCAAGAUGUAGGAUGUGAAACAGGGCAUCAAGAUGUAGAAUGUGAAACAGGACAUCAAGAUGUAGAAUGUGAAACAGGACAUCAAGGUGUAGAAUGUGAAACAGGGCAUCAAGAUGUAGGAUGUGAAAGUAGAACAGGGCAUCAAGAUGUAGGAUGUGAAAGGCAUCAAGAUGUAGGAUGUGAAACAGGGCAUCAAGAUGUAGGAUGUGAAACAGGACAUCAAGAUGUUGAAUGUGAAACAGGGCAUCAAGAUGUAGGAUGUGAAAGAGGGCAUCAAGAUGUAGAAUGUGAAACAGGACAUCAAGAUAUAGGAUGUGAAACAGGACAUCAAGAUGUAGAAUGUGAAACAGGGCAUCAAGAUGUAGAAUGUGAAACAGGGCAUCAAGAUGUAGAACAGGGCAACAAGUUGUAA